AUGUGGGCAAAUGGAAUGCUGGAUAUUACAAACAUGCAUCUUUUGGCUGUGGCUGAUGUCAGAAAUGAAUGUGAGCGAAGUGAAGAUUUAGCUUGGUUUGGACAUGACCCCCAUGCACCUCUUCCUCCAGAUGAUGGACUAUCGACAGUAGAGGUCAAUGAACUUGACAUUAACCUUCCAGAAGAGUUGAUUCAAACAUUGUAUUUAGAGGUAGAUCCAACUAGGGAAUCACAAACAUUUGGUGUUGAUAUAUAUCAUGAAGCCAUGGGCAUUAUUGAAAACUUUAAUUUGUAA